GCUUGGCCAAGGGCUGGGCAUGGCCCUUCCCAGGCAGGGCCACUCACCGUCUGUGUCACUCUCUGCAGGGAGUUCCUACGAGCCAUCAACCAGUUUGCUGAGACCUUGAUCCAGAUGUUCCUGAGUGACAGCAGCUUGGAACUGCAGCUUUGGAACAAUUAUUUCCACCUGGCAGUUGCCUUCCUCACCCAGGAUUCCCUGCAGCUGGAGAACUUCUCCCAGGCCAAGCGCACCGCCAUCCUAGCCAAGUAUGGAGACAUGAGAGCCACCAUCGGCGCUGCCAUCCGGGACAUGUGGUACAAGCUCGGCCACCACAAGAUCCGUUUUAUCCCGGGAAUGGUGGGCCCCAUCCUGGAGAUGACACUGGUGCCCGAGCUGGAGCUGCGCAGAUCCACCAUCCCCAUCUUCUUCGACAUGAUGCUGUGCGAGUACCAGCUGAAACGGGCUCUGCACCCGUGGAGAGGGCUGGGAGGGGCCUUCCCACCAGGCCCGUUCUGUCUGCCCCAGGCCACCACAAGAUCCGUUUUAUCCCGGGAAUGGUGGGCCCCAUCCUGGAGAUGA